AUGGCAAAUUCCGGUGAAAAAUCGGUGAUGGUGGUCGGAAUCGACGACAGCGAGCACAGCUUCUACGCUCUGGAGUGGACGCUAGAACAUUUCUUCGUCCCCGCCGGCAACCUUGCUCCGUUCAAGCUCGUCGUCGUUCACGCCAAGCCGAGUCCUACCUCGGCCAUCGGCCUCGCCGGACCUGGUGCUGCUGAUGUGUUGCCGUAUGUGGAUUCGGAUUUGAAGAAGAUUGCGGCCAGAGUGCUUGAAAGCGCUAAGCAGAUUUGCUCUUCCAAAUUGGUGAAUAAUGUGACUCUUGAAGCCAUGGAAGGGGAUGCUAGAAACGUGCUUUGCGAGGCUGUAGACAAGCAUCAUGCUUCUAUCUUGGUUCUUGGCAGCCAUGGUUAUGGUGCUAUUAAGAGGGCUGUAUUGGGGAGUGUGAGUGAUUAUUGUGCACAUCAUGCUCACUGCACAGUGAUGAUUGUGAAGAAGCCCAAGAUCAAACAUUAA